AUGACGCAACAAGACUACAAAUUCACGGGCUGGCUCGCCCUCGACCCCUCCGCUGCAGAUGGCAAGAUGGUGUGGCAAGAAUUCGAGCCAAAGACAUGGGAAGAAACCGACAUCGACAUCAAGAUCAGCCACUGCGGCAUUUGCGGGACGGAUUUGCAUACGCUUCGAAGCGGAUGGGGCCCCUCACAAUACCCCUGCUGCGUCGGCCACGAAAUCGUCGGAACCGCAGUCCGGGUCGGCAGCAAAGCCGAGGGCAACAUAAAAGUCGGCGACCGCGUCGGCGUCGGCGCACAAGCAGACUCAUGUCUAGGCCGUCUAGGUGACUGUCCCGAGUGUGCAAUGGGUCUCGAGAAUUACUGUUCCCGGAAAUUCGUCGGCACAUACAACGACACCUUUCUCAACGGCGAGAAGUCCUUUGGCGGCUACGCACUGUACAAUCGAUCCCCCUCGCACUUCGUCGUGAAGAUCCCCGACUCCGUCCCCUCUUCGCACGCGGCGCCGAUGCUGUGUGGGGGCGUGACGGUUUAUUCUCCGUUGAAGAAUAGUGGCUGUGGGCCGGGGAAGAGGGUGGGGAUUAUCGGGCUUGGUGGCCUUGGGCACUUUGGGGUGCUUUUUGCAAAGGCGUUGGGGGCUGAUAAGGUUGUUGCUAUCUCGCGCAAGAAGGAGAAGGAGAGUGAUGCGUUGGCCCUCGGGGCGGAUGCUUAUCUUGCUACGGAUGAUGAACCGGAUUGGGAGAGCAAGUAUGCAAGGUCGCUGGAUAUUGUGCUCAGUACCGUUUCUUCGGCCAAGAUGCCGUUGGACGGCUAUCUUGGUCUCCUUGCGACGCAGGGAUCGUUUGUGCAGGUUGGUCUGCCGGAUGACGGCAUUCUGAACCUCCCUGCCAUGAAGCUUCUUCGCCAGAUCAAGGCUGGAUCUUCGUUUAUCGGAAGUCCGAACGAGAUCAGAGAGAUGCUGGCUUUAGUUGCAGAGAAGGACAUCAAGGCUUGGGUGGAAGAGGUUCCGAUGAAGGAUGCCAACAAGGCGAUUGUCGACAUGCACAAGGGACUGGCGCGUUAUAGAUACGUUUUGUAUAACGAAGAAAGCUAG